AUGCACAGGCUGCGCACCACCUUCAAGCGCUCUCGCACGCCCACGCCAGCAGACAUGAAGACGCAAAGCAGCCUCGAGGUGCCCAAGCAGGUGCGAUCUGCGUCUUUCGAUGAGAUCCAGCUGGAGGCGGCACGCGGGCCGGGCGGUGGCGGCGGUUUGUUAGCGGUGCCGCAGCCCGGUGCACGUAGCCGCUCCUUUGACUCCGCCGGUUCCGACGACUCCGGCACUUAUCUCGAGGUUCCACGUCUCUGGUCUAGACGUAGAUCUGGUAAGAGCACGCCACCACCAUGCGUGCACUGCCGUCACAUGGAGACGUGGCUGGCGCGCCGCAGCGAGGAGCGCGUCACGCCCGAACGUCCGCCUGCUUCCUCCUCCGCUGAGGAUGACGACGAUGACGACGACAGUGAGACAGACUCUCCGAGAGUUCUCCUGACUCCGGUACCACCGUCCAGGACUCUACUCCCGGCGCCGCAGUCACCGCCGCCAUCGCCCGGCGCACCGUCCUUUGAACUGCAACCGCCCAGCGAUGAACCACCUAUUCUACCACAAAGACGAAAGUCAAUAUCUAGACAGGAAGCCUUUUUCGUUGAGCCGACUGGAAGUUCCUUAGAAAAUGUUAGAGCGUCCGAACAGGACGCCAACGGUACAGCCAGAGAUACGUUCGUACACGACAUAUACCUCGCCGUGCCCGAGUUAAAACGUGACCGCGCCGCCUCCGUCGACUCGUGUUUCUCGAAAGUAUCAGGCGGUGCUCGCGCAGAGGAACUCAGCAGCACUGGUGAUUCGUUGACAGUGCCCGGUAACAACUUACGAUCGCGAUCUGUGGAUAUUGUGCUUCCUACCGCCGAACAAAGCCGAUACAAGGCGCUCGCGUUGACCUCUUCGCAGACGCCGGCACCCCUACAACAUCAGGGACCUGAAGAGGCCGAUGUUAUUAUUCUACAACCUCUUGACGAAAGCAAAAUCACGUCUAAAGACUUGACUCCUGUAGCGGAUCCUGUACCUCAGCAGCUUCGUGGGUUCCACAUGCCAAAGAUUUAUAGAAAUCGUGAUAAUAUUGUGGAAUAUCAUGACUGUUACAAAGACUCAGUAGAUCAGAGUACAGAGCUUUCGACACAGGAACCGUACAUGUCAUUUACUAAGAAAGCCAUCGCAACUGCUAAGGCACAGGCACAAGAUAAAUUAUAUGAAUCCCUGAACAGCCCGCCGGGACAAAAACGCCUGUUCCGUAUAGCAAGAGAGAGAGAAAGGAAUGCAAGAGAUGUAAACCACAUCAAGUGUAUUAAAGACGAUGAAGGAAAUGUAUUGGCGGAUGAUAAUGAUAUUAAACAGCGUUGA